AGGCGAACGUUCGCGCAGACUCGGUCGUCUUCGUGUUGCUCCAGCCGGGGUUCCCACAAAGAGAAAUAAAGAAAGGAAGGUGGCGAAGCGCGCGAGCGAGCCCCGUGCAAAAAUCAUUAAAACGCGUGCUCGUUUCGCGGCUGCGGCUUACGUCGCGUGUUGAUUCCGGCCCGGUGAUUUAUCAGCGGGCGAUCACAAGCAGGACUCACCGCCUCGGCCACACCGCUCGCCCGCGCGGUGUUGGCAUCCUCUUCAGGUCGAAGACUUCACGAAAAAGUUACUCGUUAGCCUCCGGACCCGGUCGAGAGAUACUUCACGUUCCGCGGUAUUCCUUACAUGUACAGCCACCACGGGCUCUGGGACGGUUUGGGCAGCAGUGGGAUCACGACAACACGCGCCGGCGGCGGCAUGGAGUGGACCCGCGACAAAACCCUGGAGCUGCUGCGCGAAUACCAGCAGCGACGUGUUCUCUGGGACUGGAACGCCCGCGGAUACCGAGACCGCGCGAAGCGCAAACGAGCGAUCCAGGAGCUCGCCGAGAUCCUCCGCUGCAACACGCUCGAGGUCGAGAAGAAGAUCACGAAUCUCAAGUGCCAGUACUCGCGGGAGGUGCACAAGAUACAGAACAGUCGCGACGCCGCAACCGGCCCCGAUGACGUUUACGUCUCCAAGUGGUUCGCCUUCAAGGCCAUGCAGUUUCUACAAUUCGGCACACGUAGAUAUAGCAAGCGGAAGAAGAAAGUUGAGGAGGAACCUACGAAACUACAGGAAGAAUAUAUCGUGAGCGACAUCGAUCCGGAGAGUAUCACGUUUACGGAUUGUAACGAGGAGACGAACGGCUCCGGUACUGGUUCCUUCAACGCCUCGCUGAGUGAAGACGCCGAGGAGUCCUCGUCGUUUAGUCUAAAGGCGAUGGAACUGUACAAUGGCUCCCUGCUGGCAAGCCAGGAUGAUUCACCGGCCGAUCUCGACGAGGCUGGGCAGAUGAAACUCAAGCCUCGCCCGCCGGAGAACGAAAAGGAACGAAAGAAAACGAAGGAAGAGUUUGCUAAGUUUGGCGAGAGCAUUGCCGUGCAACUUGCCGAGAUUCCCGACUCAUACUCAAGAUCGGUCGCCAAGCUUAGGAUCAACCAGAUUCUCUUCGAGGCGGAGAUCGGGAUCUACGCGCAAACGCAUCGCUAAUGAGCCGUUGGUUCGAAGCUGAGGUCUGCGCGAAACGACGCGAACAUCCGAGACGUGGGGGAUAAACUGCGAUAAAGUCAUUGUAUUCGUGGAGCAUCGUCAUCGUUUCCGAUUUACGUUUGCUCCAACUGUAACGAGCUUCAACGAGCCUGUAACUCGCUCGCUUAUCCGAGUAGAUUUCGGAACGUAGGACACAUGGAGGAUAAAAAAAAAGUGGACUCGCCAAGUAAAACGAAUAAAAUUAUUCGAUACAAGAGACCUAGUUUUAUCUAUCGAUCGAUCAACCGAGCGUUGCACGUGCGUUACGAGUAGAGUGCCGCAACGAAACAAAUCCAUGCAUCUUCCAUUUAUUCUUUGUAAUAACUUACUUUUAAUAGAUGAAACAUUAUUUAAAUUAUUACGCAUUUUGGAUUUAGAGAGUUAAAGGAAUCAAAUGUGGUAAUACGUGUGCAAUAUUAAAAGCCGACGCGAAUGUUGACGAGCUUGGUAACUUUAAUGAUCGCACUGUAUCCGCGUUGUAAACCGGAUGUUUCUAAAGACUGAAUCGAUGAACAAGACUGUAAAUAACCAAUUUAUCCCCUUCUUUUUUUAAGUGAAAGCGAGAAUGUGUUGAUAUUAAAUUAAUCUUUUUUUUUUUAAGCUAAAACUGUUAUUUUUUAUCGUACUUGUGUUUAUACAUACAUACGUAUUUUGCAAAAAACAUUAUCGAUAUAAAAAGAUGUCGAUACUAACUUUGGAGUACUAUUGUGGGUGAAUUUUUACUAAAUUGCUGCUAAUUCAAGUUUAGUAUAAUUUUUAUGAUUCAAAAUUUUGAUAGUUUGAAAUAAUAUUUUGUUUACAUUAAAAUAGUGUUUAAUUAUUUUUUUACUUUGCAAUUAGAAAAGAGUCUCAAUUUUUACCUAAAGUGAUAUUAAUAUAAGAAAAAUAUGAGUAGCACUUUAGGGUCAAACAUUAUAUAUUAUGUAUCGUUUUUAUUUAAACAAUUUUACUAUCGCGUUUUUUUAUUAAUUUAAAUCAUUUUAGCUUUCUGAUAUUAUCCCUUUUUGAUGCUUGGCAUCAUUUCGAAUGCAGCGUUAAUAUAAAACGAAUAAUUAAGAUAAUCAGCUGAAUAAGCUUUUUUUAAAGAAUUUUUUCAAUUAUUGAAGAAAAAAAUUGGUGACAAUGAGAUAUGAAUGCGAAUAAAUAUAAAAUUUUUUGUAAUCACCGCAAUAAUUUACACGCGCAUACACACACACACACACACACACAAAGAGAAAGACUAUUUCAACUUCUUAAAUAUGCAAUACUAAUUGUCGCUAGCUCGAUGUAGCUCAGUAAAAAUAGUUACUUUUUUUUAGCGCUAAGAUUUUCAAUGUCCAUUAAAUUAAAGAUCUAAUAGCGGUGAUUGCAAAUUUAUAUUAGUCUCAAUAUAUAAUUUUUUUUCUGCGACAAAUAGUUAUCAAUACAUGUAUAAACACAGAAGUAAAUUACACUAGUAAAUUAAAUAAUGCAUUAUAUUGAUUUAAUAGUAUUAACGUUUUUAAAAUAUAUGAAGUCCCAAAGCAAAUGAUGCAACAUGUCUCCAUUAAUCUUUGAAAUAUUUGUGCGAAGCAAAUAAAAAUAAAUGCACACGUAGCUCCUACUGAUUAAUUUUUUUUUUAAAUUAAUGUUAUAGCGAAAAUAUUAGUAAGAAGAGAGGAGCUAAUAAGUCGUUAAUAUUUGAAUAUUCAUUCCGAAAAAUCAAAAAUAAAACUAAAUCAAAUAAUUUGCAAUUUUGAAAUAAUUGAUUAGUUAAUUUAGUAAUUUAUCUUACAAAUUCAGUGAUUAUAGUUAUUGUUAGAACAAUUUGAACAUCCUUGAUUAUUUGUAAUGAAAUUUGUAUGUACAAUUAAGCAAUUUUUUCUUCGACAAAUAAUCUUUCACACCCUUUGCAAUUAUUUGAAUAUAUUUUUGGGGUAAAUUUUAUAUUUUAUAUAUGUAUAUAUUUGUAUAUGUUGAAAUUUGUACAUUUUGUUCAAUAAAAAUAUAGCGUUAAUGUUA